CUUUAGGCUAAUAAAUUCAAUUCAAUCUCCAUUCAAAACCGCCGAAAAUUGAAUUGAAACUUCAUUCAUAACUUCAUUUACACUACUCUCACGAGUUUCCGAGCCCGGUCCAAAGCUGUACAAGUCGAAAAUGGAAAGAAAUUUAGUCCAACCAUUGGUUGCAGCACUUCUUUCAGCUGCAAUUUCCAUCAGAUCCUACCGAAAGAAGUCCCUCAACUUUUCUGGCGCUCUUUCUGGUUUUGCUGUUAUGACAAUUCAUAUAGCCGUCAAUUACAGGUUUGGUGCUCUGUUACUUGUCUUUUUUGUUACUUCAUCGAUGCUAACCAAAGUCGGAGAAGACAAAAAGAAGAAAGUCGAUGCAGAUUUUAAGGAGGGUGGCCAACGCAAUUGGAUACAAGUUCUCUCGAAUAGUGGUAUAGCAACGGUUUUAGUCCUGAUUGCUUGGACGCAGGUGGGAACGCAGGACUUUUGCCUAAAUUCGAAAGAAUCGCGUCUCAUGACAUAUCUAGCUGGUGGUAUUCUUGGUCACUACUGUUGCUCCAACGGGGACACAUGGUCGUCCGAGCUCGGGGUUCUCAGUGAUGACCAGCCACGCCUUAUCACAAACUUCAAGCCGGUUCAGAAGGGCACUAAUGGUGGUGUGACGAGGGCAGGACUCGUUGCUGCAGCAGCUGCAGGCUCUGUGCUUGGACUUACAAUGGUUAUCCUCGGAUUUACGACUACCAACUGUACGUUCGAUGUAGCCAUGAAGCAGCUAUUGUUGAUACCGGUUUCUGCUCUUUCUGGACUGUGUGGAAGCGUUAUCGAUUCUUUAUUGGGAGCAACCCUCCAGUACAGUGGCUUCUGCAGUGUCCGAAAGAAGGUUGUUAGCAAAGCCGGGCCAACGGUAAAGAGGAUCUCGGGUCUUAGCAUACUCGACAACAAUGCAGUAAACUUCGUGUCGAUUCUGUUGACGACUGUGCUGACUUCCAUAGCUUGUUCAUACAUAUUCUAGUUAAAGGGUUUGGAUCUUCAAUCCCCAUGUGUAACAAAUAGUCUUGGAGCAUAAUUUCAACUCAAAAGAAUGGUUUUUGCUUCUCUUUUUACA